GCAAUUGAUGAUUGAGAAUCUCUUUGGUCCUUCCGUCGACAGUCGCUGGUUUACCAGGACACUCCGGUUGUCUAGAAAAUGAAAAGUGGGAAGAUGCCGAGCAGCUUUCAGAGCUACCAGGCCCCGGUUGACGUCCAUGAAGGUCCCCCUUGCAUUUCACAUGACCCUAGUGUUGUGCUGCGAGCAACCGUUCAACUUCGAAACUGGCCGAUUGGGCGGCACGCCCCUCAAGGCACUGACUCGUACACAUCCUUGGGGGGGAAGUUUGACACGCGGUACCCCGGGUUGAUGCUUGGGGGGAGGUUCUGCUACCUGGAGUGCAUCGCAGAAGGCGUGUCAGCGGUCGUCAUCACCGCAGAGGAUACGUUCAAGCCUUCUCAGGAUGUCGUGGUCAUCAAGGUGAUGCACCAGAAGUACCGCGAAUGCGCGCUCCAAGAGGCGCGCCUCCUGCGCUUCCUCAACUCAAAGGACGUCCACGACGCGUGCCACGUCAUCAGGCUGCGCUCGCUGUUCGAAUUCCACGGCCACGUGUGCCUCGUCAUGGACCGCUUGUACGGGAGCUUGUUGGAUUACCUGGGGCUCGAGGCGUCGCUCGGGAGGUCGAACCAGGCCCUCGUUUCCGACCUGCGCAAGAUUGCAUACCAGCUCCUGACCAGCCUCGACUUCCUGCGCGCCGCCGGUCUGACGCACGCCGACUUGAAGCUCGAGAACAUCCUCAUGUGCCGCCCCUGCACCGCGGUUCCAGACCCGACGGGAGUUGGCGGCGACCGGGGGUGGGGGUCCAUGGGGAUCAAGCUGGCCGACUUUGGGAACGCGUUCGGAGAGUUGAACCACGAGGAGGAGGACUUUGACAUUCAGACUCUGUCCUACCGCGCCCCCGAGGUCCUUUUUGGCGCCGGCCCCCUCACCCCGGCCAUCGACAUGUGGUCGCUCGGCUGCAUCAUUGCUGAGCUGGCGCUCCGGCGCCUCCUCUUCGCGGCCCAAACGCCCGGCCAGCUUCUCCAGCAAAUGACCGCCGCGCUCGGGGGGAUCCCUCCCCGGGCACUUUUCGGUUCCGGGCGACUUUACGCACGGGUGUGCAAAGAGGCCGGGUCGCCCUCCCCCGGUCACUUCGGGUGGGGUUCGAAGAUUGGCUUUCACGGAGGCGCGCAACACUUUGGGGGGGCGGGGGUAAGGUCGAAGCUGGGGGCUGCGCUGAGUGCGAUCGACCCCCCCCUGGCGGACUUGGUCUGCCGGCUGCUUGAAUACGAUCCCGCGUUACGGCCGACUCCGGAGGAAGCGCGCGAGCACCCCUUUUUCAAAAUCCUAAACCCCGAGCGUGCGAUCCGGGACGCCUUUCCUUCUGCUCUGGGAGGUCUGCCGUUCGCAGACAUUGAUGCGGAGCGCAACAUGCCAGCUAGUGCAAUGGAGGGGACGACGUCAGGACGGAACGGGUUGGCGGAAGCGAACGGAGCCUAUCUAAAGGCCGCCGUCAAAACCGCCCCUCUUUUUGCGGAGUCAAAUGGUACAAAGUAUGGGACACGGCGCUUCGAGAUCGCAGAAAAAGUCCCUGGUGUCUUGUUCCACAAACGGGGGGGUCCGCUUCCAAAUGGUUUCCUCGUCGAAGAACCCCCCUUCCGGCCCGCUAAGAAGCGGAAGAGCGGCCGGGUGGCGGAGGCCCCGGGCGACGUCCCUGAUGACGUCAGUCGUGUCGCUGCUGUCGUCACCGCUGGGGCUGGGAAACGCGCCUCGUUGGCGUGUGCGCCGGCUCAACGGUUCGAGGAGGGGGCCGCAACGGAAAAGGCGCCAAGCUGCGUUGAAGGGCCUGGAGACUUCAUGACGUCAGCAAGGGGAGUGACGGAUGCAGAAAGCGUAUCAGCAGCUCAAUUAAAGAGCACUCCUUUGAAAGUGGGGAGGACGGAGCGCCUUUUGGGGCUUGCCAAACCCCCCCCGUUCUGCAACACGGGGUGGACUUUAGGGGAACAGGUCGCGGCGUCGUUCGAAAGGGGGGUCGAACCGUUGAUAGCGGGAGAGGAAUCCAGCAGAAAAGCGCAACCGCCGGGUUUUGCGGUCAAGGUUCUCAAGGGCUGGAAAGGCAGGGAGGAUCCUGUCUGGGGGCCAGGAACUCCGCCGGUUUCUCUUCCGGUCGAAACGACGGGUUUGGAGCAGAUGGCUGAAGCGACCCAGGAAGGGUUGCGGUUGCGCCCGGUGGCUGUGCACACUUGGGGGCGGCCUGGCGAUGGGGACGAUGUGAAUACGCCGGGGGAAGUGUCGUUUGCGGCCAGCUUGGUGGCGCGGCAAGGGAGGCAGGGUACGUUCACAUUUGUACGGCGAGGAGAACUAGAAAGAGCGGGGGAUAUAGAUGCGGCUGCGAAGGGUAUGGGUCUCGUAGACAGAGAAGCGUGUGAACCCAGAGAAGACUUGCCAUGGGGAAAAGGAACCGAUGACCAUGUAGAAAGCGAGCGGUUGAAAGCUCCCAUUUCCGGCGUUGGGGUUUGUCUUGAACGCGGGGGGAUUCGUACUGUUAAGCGAGGCGCGCAGGAGCCUUCCGCGGCCGGAAAUUCGGACGUGUAUCCCCGCGCAAGAGGGUCACGCCCUCACGAGCCCGUCCCGGCGACCGCUGUAGUGGGGAUGGCGCCUAAAGAGGUCGCUCAAACGGCCGCCCGAGCAGACUUGAGAGAACAAGGCAAGGUUCUCGUUAGUCCAGUCGUCCCGUCAAGGGGAGCAUCGACGGAAGGGGCUUGUUUCGGUCUGGCGAGCGUUCCCCUGCCUGUCGGCGGUGCGUUAGCAGAGCCCGUCUGCUCGGCGUUGAACGCCCGGGGGGGGCGGAAUUUGCAGCCGUUCGAGGGGGGUGGGAAAGAACGCUCGACGGCAGAAGAUGUUGGUGGACCCCCAGAUUCGGACAGCUGUGGCUCGGCAGUCCUUUCGAGCCCCCCCUCGGGAGAGAAGCGCCUGAACGAGGUGGGUAGAGCGGGGAAAGAUGGCGAGGUGGAAUCGCCGCCCAAAGUCGGCGGGAAUUUGGCUACGGCGGGGAACCGGCCUGCCGCUAGCGAGCUCAGCCUCACGGUCGGGCCGUGUUGGGAGACCCGGGCGAAAAGAAAGAGGGACGGGGAUCCCUCGGCUAAGCCGCGCGGUGAGGGGGGUGUCGGGGAGCGAGAGAAGCGAAGUUUGCGGCGUGGGGGGGCAGAAAUAGUGGAGGUACAUGCAGAGGAUAAGGAUUCGAUACGUACGAGGUCCGCUAGUCGCUCAGAAGGCAGGGACGAGACCCCCCCUCUGCAGCGGCAGAGGGUGCUGCCAAGGAGACCGGCACGAGACGAGAAGAGUGUCGUGCCAUGGUGGAUAGCCGUUCCGUCUAACACCCAGCGAGACCCAAGUGAUACGUCGUUAGAGCUCCUGUAG